GGACCUUCGAGAGGACCAGGCUAAAGCCUGGAGGUUUACUGCCGAGGGAAGGCAUACUCCAAUGUCUACAUCACCUUUACAAUUUAAACCAGGAACGGCAGAAGGAAUAUUCCGCACAUCCCGGCCCGGCCGCCUUCUGGCCGCCCCACCCCCCAGCUGGAGCCGAAAGUGUCGUGAAAACCACCGCUAAACCUAAACCAAAAUGGGAAAGGAAAAGACUCAUAUCAACAUCGUCGUCAUUGGACACGUAGAUUCGGGCAAGUCUACCACUACUGGUCAUCUGAUCUACAAAUGUGGUGGGAUCGACAAAAGAACUAUCGAAAAAUUCGAGAAGGAGGCUGCUGAGAUGGGAAAGGGCUCCUUCAAGUAUGCCUGGGUCUUGGAUAAACUGAAAGCCGAACGUGAACGUGGUAUCACCAUUGAUAUCUCCCUGUGGAAAUUCGAGACCAGCAAGUACUAUGUGACCAUCAUUGAUGCCCCAGGACACAGAGACUUUAUCAAAAAUAUGAUUACGGGCACAUCUCAGGCUGACUGUGCUGUCCUGAUCGUUGCUGCUGGUGUUGGCGAAUUUGAAGCAGGUAUCUCCAAGAAUGGGCAGACCCGUGAGCAUGCCCUUCUGGCUUACACACUGGGUGUAAAACAACUUAUUGUCGGUGUUAACAAAAUGGAUUCCACUGAGCCACCCUACAGCCAGAAGAGAUACGAGGAAAUCGUUAAGGAAGUCAGCACCUACAUUAAGAAAAUUGGCUACAACCCCGACACCGUAGCAUUUGUGCCAAUUUCUGGUUGGAAUGGUGACAACAUGCUGGAGCCAAGUGCUAAUAUGCCUUGGUUCAAGGGAUGGAAAGUCACCCGUAAAGAUGGCAAUGCCAGUGGAACCACACUGCUUGAAGCUCUGGAUUGCAUUCUGCCACCUACUCGUCCAACUGACAAGCCCUUGCGUCUGCCCCUCCAGGAUGUCUACAAAAUUGGUGGUAUUGGUACUGUCCCUGUGGGUCGAGUGGAGACCGGUGUUCUUAAGCCAGGCAUGGUGGUCACUUUCGCUCCAGUCAAUGUUACAACUGAAGUAAAGUCUGUUGAAAUGCACCAUGAAGCUUUGAGUGAGGCUCUACCUGGGGACAACGUGGGCUUCAACGUCAAGAACGUAUCUGUCAAAGAUGUUCGUCGUGGCAAUGUGGCUGGUGAUAGCAAAAAUGACCCACCAAUGGAAGCAGCUGGCUUCACAGCUCAGGUGAUUAUCCUGAACCAUCCAGGCCAAAUCAGUGCCGGAUAUGCACCUGUGCUGGACUGUCACACAGCUCACAUUGCCUGCAAGUUUGCUGAGCUGAAAGAGAAGAUUGACCGUCGUUCUGGAAAAAAGCUGGAAGAUGGUCCCAAGUUCUUAAAAUCUGGUGAUGCUGCCAUCGUUGAUAUGGUUCCUGGCAAGCCCAUGUGUGUUGAGAGCUUCUCUGACUAUCCUCCUCUGGGCCGUUUUGCUGUUCGUGACAUGAGACAGACGGUUGCUGUGGGUGUCAUCAAAGCAGUGGACAAGAAGGCAGCUGGAGCUGGCAAGGUCACCAAGUCUGCCCAGAAAGCUCAGAAGGCUAAAUGAAUAUUAUCCCCAAUACCUGCCACCCCAGUCUUAAUCAGUGGUGGAAGAACGGUCUCAGAACUGUUUGUGUCAAUUGGCCAUUUAAGUUUAAUAGUAAAAGACUGGUUAAUGAUAACAAUGCAUCGUAAAACCUUCAGAAGGAAAGGAGAAUGUUUUGUGGACCAUUUGUUUUUUUUGUGUGUGGCAGUUUUAAGUUAUUAGUUUUUAAAAUCAGUACUUUUUAAUGGAAACAACUUUGACCAAAAAUCUGUCACAGAAUUUUGAGACCCAUUAAAACAAAAGUUUAAUGAGAAA